GAUGUGGUCAAAUCAGGUCAACCCCCUUCCUCUCUGUUGCCAUCUAGUGGUCAACAUCAAUCACACCUGGAUGCACCUUUUCCUUUUUAGUUUCAUUUAAUUUGAGCAUUUUUAAACAAAUCUUGUAUUUUAAACAGUUUUAAAUGUUUUUAAGGUAAACUAUUUCUUAUGCUGAUACAUCUUUCCCCCUCUUCAACACACAGAUGGUUACAUUUUCACCCUCUCUUUAUCUGUUUCUAUUUCAUACACACACCUCGACCGCGCCUGUGGUGGUGUGUGUGUUUCCAGCACCCGCUGAAGCCCAGUUAAAAGCUGCUGGGUGGGUCCUAAUUAUUUCUUUGAUGACUCGCUUUUCCUCCCCGUCUGAGCUUCUGAUGGGCUUCACUUUAGAGGCCAGACACACACACACACGCGCACACACAGGCAGUGUCAUGCAGCCUGUCUCAUCUGUCAGAAACGACUUUAAUGUUGACUCCAGGCUGCAGAUUUAUGACAUCAUGCUGAAAUGUGGAGGAGUUUCUAUUGUGAUGGAACAUUUAGGGUUUUAACAAGAGGAGGUGUGUUCUCCUGAACGUUAGGGUGGAUUAGAGCUGCAGCACGACUCACAAUCUGAUUAGAUGCUGUGUUUAGUACACGUUUGGUGUAGAGCGCACAGAAUAAAAUAAAGUCAGAAACUGGAUUGAACUCAGUAACGUUGUAUUAAAGUAUUUUCUGUUGUGGUCUCAGCUGACAGCCAGUCAUUAAAACUUCAUGAGCAGCCUCUCAGUCGUUAAACAGCCACAUUUGGAGAUGGAUCUUGUGCUCGUAGGAAAUGUACUUCAGCAUCUUUCUCAGACGGGUCUGAUGCAAGCAAAUAAAACGGUUAUUUCUGUUUUCAACUGGAUGCAGCGUUGAAUCAUCCCUGAUGCUGCAGCAGAGGUAGUCACAGGACAGAGUGUGUAGGUGGUGAGCGGUUAAGCUGAUUUAGCUAGUUUUUUUUCAAGAGGGUCUCAUCUGAGAUUAGUGUGUUGAAAGUGUUUUGUGAAACGAGCAAAGGUCAGACUUCAUCUGACCCAGAUUGUAAAAUAUUGUAUCAGGGAGGAUGGAGCACGGAUUUGACAUGUAGCUGGGAGCAUAUGAGUUCUCUGGAUGUGAGAAGUGGUGUGUGUCUGUGUACUUCAUGAUGGGAGAAAAAAUUUGAAUAAUUUAUUGAAAAUGUGACCCCCCCUACCACAAACAUACAAACUCCUCAGAUGUUACCAGGAUAAUCUAUUAAAUCACAAAUGCUGUCUUUAAAAUUUAAGAGGUCAAAACAGCAACCUUUUUUGCAACAUAAUCUGGAUCAAUGACACUUGUCCUUAAAAGUCAGACAUCAAACUGUUUUCGGUUCCUCGUGGAAUUAUUUGAUUGCAGUAAAACUUUUACUUCUUAGUGAUUUUCUGUCAAAACGAGAUAAAAGGAAACGUGAUUGAAAUCAAGAACAACUCUGCAUCAAAGUACAUUUUAUACUGUCUUUAGUUCAGCAUUUUCAUUUGCAGCAGUUUAACCAACUUCACCCCCUCUAUUAGGCUACUUAUCUCAUAUUUGCUUUUCAUUUUUAAAAGCACAACGUAGAGGCGCGAGACUCUGCAACUGGAUGCAAAAGAGAGACCGCUCUUCCUCGCUCAGACACAAUUUUCAGCACACAGGAGCUGACGAAUCGAAACGGAUACUUGUUAUUAUUAAACAACAAACCGAGGCGUGGACGAGCAGGAGAUGCGGACCAGAGGGGGUCUGGGAAUUUUGGGAGAAGUCUGGAGGCAUGGAGGAGGUCCCGGUCUGCGCAGAGGAGGCAGGACUUUGAGCUCCGCGGUGCGCUCCGACACCAGCUCCGUUUUAAUAUCAGUGGAGACGCAGUUUGCAGCAGCUCACUCCUCCAUCCACGUGCACAGAGGAUUUCUGGGACUUUGUGCGCGAAUCGAAACAUUUUAAAGACUUUUCGACCAGAGAUUUAGACUUUUUUCCCUCUGCAUCAUUGCGCCUUUUCCUCUGAGCGCAGUUCAUCUGGGUCAGUCAGUUUUUGACUUGAGCUGCACCAAACUCCAGCUGGAUCCUCACAUGAGCGGGGUUUGUGGGCUCUGGAUUGGAGCGCAGGACAUGUGCAGCAGCAGCAGCAGCAGCCGCGCUGUCUCCUGUCUGCCGGCGCGUCUUUGUCAUUUUAAUCUCGCUGUAAUUAUCGCGCGUCUGGCUGAUGGUCGCUUCACAACGAACUAAUUAACUAACAGAGGAGGCUCUCCGGGCGCCGACUGGAUUUAUACCCAUUUUAAAGAAGAGAAGAUUGGAAUAGUUCUGUUUUUAUUCAUCCGUUUUUAAUAAACUUUGAUCUUUUGUCGUCCUCUUCCUGGAGAAUGUUUCCCCGCAGCCUGAAGCCUUCCUCCUGGUCCACCUGUAGGGUUUUCUGCUGCUUUUUGUGGCUGCUACAAACACCCCACUCUUCCUCUGCGCUAAUUACAGGCACUGAAGCCAGCUGUGAUAAUGAAGGAGAAGUUCUGCACAUCCCCAACAUCACCGACAACCCCUGCAUCACCUGUGUCUGCCUGGGCGGGAAAGCGGACUGUAAACAGGAGAAGUGUCCUCUGGUUCCUGAUGACUGUGCUCUGGUGGUGAAGCAGACUGGAGCCUGCUGUGAGAGGUGUAAAGGCUGCACGUUAGACGGCCGAUCCUACAACAGCUCCAUCUCCUGGACCAGCUCAUCCAAACCCUGCAUAACACGACGCUGUCAGGAAGGCGUGAUCACAGAGGCCGAGGUGCAGUGCGUCAUCCACUGCAAGAACCCCAAAAUCCACCCUAAAAAGUGCUGUCCCACCUGCCCCAGUUGCAUCUUUGAGGGCCGCCUGUAUAAAGAGAAGGAGGAGUUCAGCCCUGAAGGCAAACCCUGCAUCAGGUGCACGUGCACCGGCGGGCGGACCCUCUGCAUGAAGGAGGCGUGUCCUGUGCUCUCCUGCCCAGCCCACCUCACCCACACUCCGCCUGGACAGUGCUGCCCCAGAUGUGUUGGUCAGAGGAAAGUGUUUGAUCUCUCUUUAGGAAGUUGUCUGUUCCACAGUGACGUUUAUGAGAACGGCACCUCCUUUGUCCUCAACAACUGCACCAGCUGCACCUGCGAGGAAUCCACAGUGGUGUGUAAAAAGCAGUGCUCGCAGCCAGGUAGUUGCCAUGGAGAUCAGUGCUGUGAAGAGUGUCUGUCAUAUGUGAAGAUGGAGGAGGUGAAGUACUGCAGAGUCCGGAACAAGAUCUACAGGUUAGGGGACAUGUGGUCGUGGGUUAACUGCACCCUCUGCUCCUGCGUUGAAGGCAACAUCGAGUGCCGACCCAAACAGUGCGUACCGAUCACCAGCUGCCCCUCGAACAAGAUCCUGAACAGAACUGGCUGUUGUCCAGUUUGCACUGAAAAGCCAGGUGUAUGCACAGUCUUUGGCGACCCUCACUACAACACCUUCGAUGGAAGGACCUUUAACUUUCAGGGAACAUGUCAGUACGUGCUAACGCGUGACUGUGGAGGGACUUCGGGAGCGCCGGGAAACAACAGCCCAGACUCCAGCUUCACGGUGUUGGUGAAGAACGAUGCUCGGCGAACUCGCUCCUUCUCCUGGACGCAGUUUGUUGAGAUAAGGCUUGGUGCUCUGGUUCUCAGCCUUCACCAGCACCUGACGGUCCGAAGGAAUGGUACUCGCAUCGCCCUGCCCUACCACGGCCCUGGGGUACACAUCGACCUGGAUGGAUACCUGCUUAAGCUCACCACCAUUGCAGGUCUGGAGAUCACGUGGGAUGGUGAUAGUUUUGUUGAAGUUGUAGCAGCUCCCCACCUGCGCGGACGCCUCUGCGGCCUUUGUGGGAACUACAACGGCCACAAGCGAGACGACACCAUGGGAGGUGACGGCCAGUUCAAGUUUGACGUGGACGAGUUUGCAGAGUCGUGGCGAGUUGAGGGAAAUGAGGUUUGCUCCCAGCAGCAUCCGCCUCGCAGGCCUACAUCCUUCCUGUGUCCUGGCAGUGUUAAGGUUAAGUUUCGAGCCCACCGGGACUGUCAGAAGAUAAAGUCCUGGGAGUUUCAGAAGUGCCAUCGUGUGGUGGACUUUGGUCCUUUCUACAGGUCUUGCGUGACGGACAUGUGUGAGUGUCCGGUGCAUAAAAACUGCUACUGCGAGUCCUUUAUUGCCUACAGCCGAGCCUGUGAGAGGGAAGGGGUGCCCGUCCUGUGGAAGCCUGACAAUGUUUGCAUGGCCACCCAGUGUAAACACGACGCCGUGUACGACACCUGUGGCCCGGGCUGCACCAAAACCUGCGACAACUGGAACGAGAUCGGACCUUGUAACAAGCCCUGCGUAGCCGGCUGCCACUGCCCCGCCAACUUGGUGCUGAAUCACGGACACUGUAUCAAACCCACAGCCUGCCCUGGUCGGUGACCCUUGUUACCCAGGCGGGAAGGGGGCUAGGUUAGGGAGGGUCGUCUGUAGGGUCCAAAGAAGGGGGCCAAAGUAACUGAGAAGUAUUAAAGAUGCUAAAGGGUCUCGAGUCUACAGAUCAGACACACCGAGGUACUCAGGGUCAGAGGAACGUGUCAGAACAAGCUGGAGUAGAGGACCGAUGGGAGACCGAUCGUCUCCUGUGAUGCCAAAUGCUGUGAUUAAAGCAGUUUCACCACAAGAGGGUGCUAAUUUACGUCUUGAGGAAGAACUGGAAUCUCACCUGGAGAUUUAACUUCUUGCACAACUGAGGAACAUUCGACAUGUUACAGUGAAUCUUCAGAAGAAAGCUGGAGCCUGAGGACUCGUAUUGGAGCCAAAAUGGUGCUCGGAUUUCUCUUCAAGUCACAAAAAUGGGAAAACGGGCAUCUAGGUUUAAGAUUACGUAAUGGGGAAACCUUCUGAUGCAUUUAACAGCCUGGUUGUUCUCUAUUCCAUCAUUUCAUACUGUAAGCUAAUCAGAUUUAUAUGAGAGACAGGACAGCUUUUAUAUUAUUAUUGCUCUAAUUAUUAUUUGUUGCUGUUGUUAAUUUAUAUAUCCUUCAUUGACGUGUUGUAGCAGGAGCCAGGAUCAUGACUAUAAUUGUUAUAAAUGAUUUAAAGGGAAACAAAAAGCUAUUUAUGUUUUUGUUGCGUAGUUUUUGUGUUACUGUUUGAAGAGAAAUGCCCAAAUGUGACUCUGUUGUUGCACCAAAGCAGGUAAAAAUAAAUACUGUAAUGUAUUAUUGCUCAAUGUACAGGUUGUUGGCGAUGAUACAGAACUGAAGGUGUUCUUGUAAACAAAUGUUUCACUUGAAAACAAUUAUUUAAAGACCAGCCAUAUAAUCUUUUCUGAGUUCAUUUUGACCGCUCUCUCGGUUUUUUAAGUGCAGAAGGUUGGAUUCGUAGGCUCACUGAAAAUAAUUAAAGAAACUUGCAAAGAAAAGAUUCAUAAAAGGAAAUACUGUUUAAGGGGAGACUGUGCAAGUUUUUCAUGUUUUUAAAUUGUUUUCCUGAGCCAGUAUGUGCUAAAAUGACCCCUUACAGGGUAAUGAAAUCUCACUCAGACCCCUACCGCCCUCUGUGGCCAGAAUACCGCAUUUGCAACUUCACAGUGGCCAGUGUUGUGUCAAAAUGAGUUCCCCUGUCGAGAUCUGUUUCUUUUCCACCCAGGUGCGAGUUUGAACGCCUUGUAAAAAUGUGCGUCCUAACCAUAACCAUAAAACAAGCAUAAGAAUCGUGUUACACAGUAAUUUCAUAAAUUAUAUUUAUUCUAAACAUACAUUUUUGGUGACAGGGCGAUUAUGGUUAGGGUUAUUUUUGUGAGUGGAUGGUUCCAACUUGUAGCUGGGUGGAAGAGAAAGAUCUCGACGAGCUCUGGUUUGUGAUUGGCUUAGAAAAAAAUGGAGCGGACAAACCUGGGACUGCAGUCUGCUUCCAGCAAGUCUCCAGUGUGUUUUAGAUCACGAACACAGCUGAUUUGUUUCAUUUAGUUAUGAAUCACUUCUGUAUACACUAAUGAAGGCUGACGAGACAUUUCAG